AUGGACGGAGUCUCGCUGUUCGAUCACACGUCCGGCGCCUCUGUUGCACCUGCUGCCGAAGCUGACAGUACAGUUCGCUUGCAAUGGACUACUCGUGACGCUGUUGCUCGCCUAGCUGUUCGUAGUCACCUGCCGUCUGCUGAGCGCGCGCACUUUGGCGAGUACAAGACUGCUAAGUCCCUGUCUGGUGCCGUUGUCGCACGCUACUCCUCCCUUGCCUCUGCUGCCCUCUGCCGCCUCAUGCUGCCGUACUUGUUCCCUGACCUAGCCGCGUUUGCCACUGUCGCUGACCUCAUCACCCACAUCCGCACUACUCACACCCGCUACAGCGCUGCGCUUCCCUUCGAGUUUUGCGCCAAGAACCCCCUCCCCCCCCUCUCCAUGUACAUCACCCUCUUCUACCUAGUCACCCGUCUCCCUUACUCUCUCCGCUUAGUCAGGGACCACUUUCUCUCCCUUUGCCCCACUGAGUUCACCGUCGACCUGCUCAAGGAGCGCCUCCUUGCAGCUGAGACUAGCAUAGUCACUAUAGGAGCAUCUCGCGGCAAACCUUGCGCCCCUUUCUGUGAGGGGUGCCCCCCCGUCCCCCUUUUGCCCCCUGUUGCUUCUGCUGCUGCUGUCGACCUCGUUGGCACCGAGGCCGUCGGGGCUACGUCUGCUCCUAGUGGGAGGUAG